AUGAAGUCAGUCCAGUUUUUCUUCCUUUUCUGUUGCUGGAGAGCAAUGUGCUGUGACAGCUGUGAGUUGACCAACAUCACCAUUGCAAUAGAAAAAGAAGAGUGUCGUUUCUGCAUAAGCAUCAACACUACUUGGUGUGCUGGCUACUGCUACACCAGGGACCUGGUGUAUAAGGACCCAGCCAGGCCUAACCCCCAGAAAACAUGCACCUUCAAGGGGUUGAUCUAUGAGACGAUAAGACUGCCUGGCUGUGCCCACCACGCAGACUCCCUCUACUCAUACCCAGUGGCCACUGACUGUCACUGCGGCAAGUGCGACAGCGACAGCACUGACUGCACUGUGAGAGGCCUGGGGCCCAGCUACUGCUCCUUCCCUGAAAUGAAGGAGUAA